AAAACGUAUCCCUCCGCCAAGAUUUUAUAGCAGCUGCAAAAUAAUCCCCACGUUAUUGUCAUUCAGGACGAACCCGGACGUAGGAUUGUUUAUUGAGGGUUGUUCAGAGAGGACGUUGUACGCCGUUUUUUUUUUUUCAGGACGCGUUUGGCUUCUUGUGUGUAGUGGUGUUGGGAGAGAGAGAGAGAGAGGGGCCCAACGGCGGAGUGAUCCGAGUGCGGCGGGCGGCGGUGCGUGUGCGGAAAGUUUGUGGCGCCAGAAUUUGGAAGUGUUCGCGGUAAAAAGAUGGUGCAGUUGCGGAGUUCGUCCGGCGCCAAGGCCGCUCCGGAGCCCAGUUAUUGUGAGGGGAGUGACGUGCUGGAUUCUAGCAGUGAGUUCCUGAGUCUGGAGACUACCCGGACUAAGUACAAGAAGAGCGGCCCGGGACGGCGGGAACAGACCCCGCAGAGCAAACAGGAGCGCCGCAGGGGUUCUUUUUCUAACAAGGAAAAUAGCGGAGGCCAUGCCCUGCGCUCAUCGACCAGGAAAAAAGCAGAAAAUGGUCUUAACCUUUCAGACUCAAGCUUGGACAAAACAAAUGAGUCACUGAACAUGAGCAACACAGAAGAGAAAAGGUUUACUAGGAGACUGGCCAGAUUGCAAGCAGAUGCAACAACAAAUGGAAGCUGCAAAGAAGGGGAUCUCCCACCUGCAGAGAACAGAUCAUUGAGAGCGACAAAAAGUGCAGAAAUAGCCAGCACACAUGAAGAAAACGGUGAUGUUGAAGUCCGCCGCAGUGGCAGGAUCAGGAGAAGCCGCUACAGCACCACAAACCAGUCUGUGCUGUUUGACAAACUUAUAACCAAUACGGCCGAAGCUGUUCUACAAAAGAUGGAUCAUAUGAAGAAAAUGCGUCGACGGCGAAUGCGUGAGCUUGAAGACUUGGGAGAAUUCAAUGACACUGAAGAAGAAAAUAUUGAUAUGUAUUCUCGUGUGAAGAGGAAACGCAAAGUGCCACCGCUUGAUGAAGAAACCACAGACAAUCAGGAGGAGACUGGAGAUUCCUCAGAAGAAGGCGAGGAUCAUGAGGCUGAGGACGAAGAUGAGGACGAAGAUGGCGAAGAAGACAAUCAAAAGCGCUAUGAGCUUAGACAAAGAAAAGCUGUUGUGCCUUAUCAAGUUCCCUUACAAGAACCCAGACAUCACAAGAAGACAGGUAUGUUUUAUGCUACCUCAACAUCUCCAGUAAGGAGGCGAACGUACCGAUUUGGAUCUGCUGGCCCAAGAAGUCCUUACUGCAAGAGGCGUCUGAACAGGAGGAGACAUGCUAUACACAGCAGUGACUCGUCAUCCACGUCUUCCUCCUCAUCAGAUGAUGAACAGCACUUUGAGAGGCGUCUGAACCGGAGCCGCAACAAGGCGAUCAGCAGGUGCCUUCCAAUGAACCUAUUAAGAGACGAUUUGAAGGGAAUACAUAAAGAUCGAAUGAAAAUAGGUGCCAGCCUUGCUGAUGUUGAUCCAAUGCAAAUUGAUACAUCUGUGCGGUUCAGCAGUGUGGGAGGCCUCUCUAGACAUAUAUCCUCUCUGAAAGAAAUGGUGGUUUUCCCAUUGCUCUAUCCAGAAAUCUUUGAAAAAUUUAAGAUCCAGCCUCCACGCGGUUGUUUGUUCUAUGGUCCACCUGGUACUGGCAAGACUUUGGUUGCUCGUGCCUUGGCCAAUGAAUGCAGUGUGGGGGAUAGAAGAGUCGCCUUCUUCAUGAGGAAAGGUGCAGAUUGCUUGAGCAAAUGGGUUGGAGAGUCUGAACGCCAGCUAAGAUUAUUAUUUGACCAGGCUUAUCAGAUGCGUCCUUCAAUUAUCUUUUUUGAUGAGAUUGAUGGCUUGGCUCCUGUACGGUCAAGCAGGCAAGACCAAAUUCACAGUUCCAUAGUAUCCACGCUGCUGGCUCUAAUGGAUGGCUUGGACAGCCGAGGAGAGAUCGUCGUAAUAGGAGCCACCAAUAGACUUGACUCUAUAGACCCAGCCCUUAGGCGACCUGGACGCUUUGACAGAGAGUUUCUUUUCAGUCUGCCGGAUAGAGAUGCAAGACUGGAAAUUCUCAAAAUUCAUACAAAAGAAUGGAAUCCCAAACCAUCAGAAAUUUUUCUGCAAGAAUUAGCAGAAAAAUGUGUUGGUUAUUGUGGUGCAGAUGUAAAGUCGGUGUGUGCUGAAGCAGCCCUGUGUGCUCUUCGCAGACGUUACCCUCAGAUUUACACCUCCUCAGACAAAUUACUGCUGGAUAUAUCUUCUAUUAAAAUCACCGCUAAAGACUUCAUAUUGGCCAUGCAGAAAAUUGUGCCAGCAUCACAGAGAGCGGUGAUGUCUCCAGGCCAAGCCCUGUCCUCUAUUAUUCAGCCGCUGCUCCAGAACACUCUUCAGAACAUCUUGGUCUCUUUGAAGAAAGUUUUCCCACAUGCAGAUGAAGGACUCAAGAGCAAAGAGACUGGAUCUUCAAAUCACAUGCUGGAUGAAGACUUAUUGUACAGUGAUGAUGAACAACCCUCCGUGUUUGAAAAUGGGAUUUCUCCUAAGGUCCCUAACAACCAGAAAGAAAAUCGCCAGUUUCUUCACCUCAGUGUAAAUGCAAUUCACCAGCCAACAUCUUACAGACCCAGGAUGCUGUUAUCGGGAAGUCCAGGUCUAGGUCAAGGGACUCACUUGGCUCCAGCAGUCAUACAUGCGUUGGAAAAGUUCACAGUAUACACACUAGACUUGGCUGUUCUUUUUGGUGUUAGUGUCAUGUCUCCUGAGGAAAACUGUGCUCAGCUUUUCCGUGAGGCAAAAAGAACUGCUCCGAGCAUCCUUUAUAUUCCACACAUUAAUCUGUGGUGGGAGACAGUGGGCUACACUCUGAAGGCUACAUUCAUCACUUUACUCAAGAACAUACCAUCAUUUUCUCCAAUUCUUCUGCUUGCAACCUGUGACGUCAAUUAUGCAGAUCUGCCCUCUGAGCUGCAAGAACUUUUCCUGGAUGAGUAUGGUGAAGUUUUUCAUGUUCCUCUACCCAACAAGGAACAACGUAGAGCUUUCUUUGAGGACCUUAUCUUGAAUCAGGCUGCCAAGCCUCCAUCUUCAAAGAAAAGGGCUGUUUUGCAGGCACUUGAGGUCCUACCUGUGGCUCCUCCUCCUGAACCAAGACAGCUGACUGCUGAGGAGUUGAAAAGAUUGGAGGAGCAAGAAGAAGACACUUUCCGUGAGCUGCGUCUCUUCCUUAGAGAUGUGACCCAUAGGCUCGCUAUUGAUAAACGCUUCAGAGCUUUUACAAAGCCAGUGGACCUGGAAGAGGUUCCUGAUUAUGUUACAGUGAUUGCGCAACCAAUGGACCUUUCAACGGUUAUCAGCAAAAUAGAUCUGCAUAAGUAUCAAACAGUAAAGGAAUAUUUAAAAGAUAUUGAUCUUAUAUGCAGUAAUGCGCUAGAGUACAAUCCAGACAAGGACCCUGGGGACCGCUUAAUCCGCCAUCGGGCGUGCACUCUAAGAGAUGUCACAUACGCAAUAAUAAAACAAGAGUUAGAUGAAGAAUUUGAAAAGCUUUGUGAAGAAAUUCAGGAGUCUCGCAAAAAGAGAGGCUUUUCAUCUUCGAAAUAUGCUCCAUCUUAUUACCAUGUUUUACCUAAAAAUGCUGCUGUUCAGGAUGGAAAGAAAAAUGAAUCCGCAACUCUCGAUAAACAGUCUUCUGUACCUAUCGCAGCAAGUACUCCUAGUGCAGGUAAGAAAAGGCAGAAGCGGAAAAGUCGAUGGAGUUCCGGGUGUUGUAGUAUUUCCAAAAAGAAGAAGGUUCUAAGAAAUGAUAAAAAUGAAGACCCUGGAAGUGAUGCUGACCAUGAGCUCCAAGAGUCCAGUUUGGAUCAGACUGAACUUGAACUUGUAGAUGAGUCCUCAAUGGAGGAUCAGAACGGUCAUUUAGAAGCUGAAGAUGUGACAAAAGAAACUGAAAAGGCCUCUCCCACCAAGAAUGCAUCUAAAUGCUUAGAUCUUGAGGAACCUAUGGAAAAUCCUUCACCAGCAGUAAAUGGUGACCACAAGGAGACAGAUGAUGUAUGUGUUUUGAGGAUGACCCGUGGCAGACAAAUGCAUGUGGAUCAGCAGCAGCUCAUUAGGGUGGAUAAAAUGAUGGAUAUACUUUCUGAGCCACCACAAACCUUUCGGGUCAAUCAUGAACACCUUAAGGAACUUUUGAACAAAGUUGUAAAUAAAAGCAGCAGGUAUAAUGUAUUACAACUGGAAAAGUUAUAUGCAUUGCUGAGCCAAUGUAUUUACAGACAUCGUAAAGACUAUGACAAAACACAAUUAAUACAGGAAAUGGACCGUGAAGUUACACGUUUCAGGGUUUGAGUGCUGAUUGAACUUGUAAAUUGCCUCAAGAUAUCAUUUUAACUAAUAUAUAUUGUGUUUACCUGUACAUAGUCUGAAAGUCCAGUAAUGCAGAAUGUUCUGAAGAUUGACUGACUGUUUUUUUUUUAAAGGUUAUUUUUUCUGUAUACCAUAUAUACAGUAUAUUUUAACUAUCUGGGCCACACAAUUUUUAAUUUAGUUUACACCAUUAACACCGUUCCUCUGUAUGGAAUCUCCACAUACCUCAAGAACUUCAUAUUGGACUUCCAGCAGCAGCAGAUAAGCAACUCUUUCACCUACUUGGAUGGACAAAGGAUCCUGUGAACCCAAAUCCCACCACUUCCUCAUGGAAUCCUGUCGGCUGUAGUCCAUUUAGUAGAAUAUCUCCAAGAGCUGCGUGCGUCUCACUGAUGUGAAUAUGUAGAUUGGGGGGGGGGGGCCCACAAGACCCCUGCUCUCCCAAUAGCAGAGAACCAUAUUUACCAUGGUGUGUAUGGAAUAUCCUCUGGCUAUCCCAUAAAUAUUUACCAUGGGGAAUACCCCUUUUUUUUUUUUAAGGUCAACUUCUAAUUUAUGACUGCGGCCAUGUCUCCACAAGGCUGUCACAACAUGAGCGUAGACUCUGGUUUCAUAGGCGGCCAAAGCCACACUGGAAGCUUCUGCUGUCAUCCAUUUGCCUAGGAAACUAGACUGCCUGUACUCCCAGGUUUCUCAACCAGUGUGCCUCCAGCUGUUGCAAAUCUACAACUCCC